CCCACAACGACAGCAUGUUUCUGCUACUUCACCUAUAAACCGGACACUCUGGACAUAUUUUCACAUCAAAAGUCCUACUGCUCACGUUUUCUCCACAAUGGCCUCCUGCUCGUCAGUUGGAGAUAAUCAACUACAGAGGAUUAUCAGAGAUCUGCAUGAUGCUGUGUUGGAGUUGAGUAAAGAAUACAGGGAGUGUGGUGAACCCGUAACAGAUGACAGUGCCAACCUGCACAAGUUCUUCUAUAAAAUAGAAUAUCUGCUCCAGUUUGACCAGAAAGAAAAGAAAACCUUUCUUGGCCAGAGGAAAGACUACUGGGAUUACUUCUGUGACUGCCUGAUUAAGAUCAAGGGAGCUAACGAUGGCAUCCGAUUUGUUAAAUCUAUCCCUGAGUUGAAGACGUCUCUCGGUAAAGGACGGGCCUUCAUCCGCUACUCACUCGUCCACCAACGUCUGGCAGACACGCUGCAGCAGUGUCUCAUAAACCAGGUGGUCACAAGUGACUGGUAUUACGCCCGCAGUCCAUUCCUCAAGUGUCACCUCACAGCUGACAUCAUCAACCAUCUUUAUGAGCUCAAUCAGAUCCAGUUUGACGUGGCAGCCAGAGGCUACGACCUCGAUGCGGACUGGCCGGCAUUUGCAAGGCGGACUUUAGGCUCAGCCUUGUCUGCUUUCCUGUGGAAGCCUCCAAGUCGUUGCUCCAGCAUCAACAGUUUGGUUGGCAAUUAUUCACAGUCCCAGGCACAAGAGUUUCUUCCAAUCCCAGACUUGAAUCACAGUCUCCUUAGUGAACUGGAGGAGCCCUCUCCCUGCAGUAUUGCAGAGAAUCUCCGCAUCGAGCUGGAUCAGUCUGAGCUAAGACAGCAGGAGCUUCUCGUACAGAUUCAGGAGUUAAGCAAAGAAGCUACUGAGCUAAAGGGUGUGGUUAAAGACCUUCAAGGAGAGCUGGCAGCUCAAAGGUCAUCUGGCCAUUUAGUAGCCACCGAAGCCCAAACUUGCCAAGAAAUAGCUAAUGUGGAGACAACGAAUCGUCUUCACACAUGUAGGGAAACAAUAAACAGUGAACUUCACGACAGACUCACAGCUGCUGAGGACAAAAAUAUGGAUCUUAUCACUAAGUUGGAUCAAUCACUUAAAGAAAAGGACCAACAAACAGCCAGCUACUGUGACUCAGCUUGGAAAAUGCACGACCUACUGGAUAAACUGAAGACAGCAGAGGAGGAGAGGCUAGACGCGAAGAAGGAGGCUGAAGACAUGGCCAGGCACUCUGAGCGCUUAUCACAGGAACUCAAACUCAGGGAAGAAGACUUGAGAAACAGUAAGGAGAAGCUAGCUGAAGUAAAAACUGGAGCCCAUGAGGAACGGGAAGAGGCAGUCAGACGGUUGGAAGAGCUCCAAGGGGUGGUCAGUCGAAUUCAAGGGACAUUGAGUUUGAAAGAGAAGGAGACAGGGAACCUGAGAGCCCAGCUUCAGGAUCUACAAUUGUCACUGGAGUGCAGAGAACGACAGGCAGAGGAACUAAGGAAAAGGCUGCAGCUAGAGAGGGAGGAGGAAGGGCAGAGAUGUAGCAUCAGCAUAAGCCAGAAUGAGGAACUUGAGAACCUCAUUCUGGAUUUAAGAAAAACCAUAAAAAACAGAGAGAAAGAGCUAGUUGUCAGUUCAGAGAGAAUCAAACACUUGGAGGAGCAGGUGGAGAAAUUAAAUGUUGAUGUUAAUGAAUUCACUUUUGAUCAAACCAAAAACAUUGAGGAGUACAAAACACAAUGCAGCAACCUCACAGAUAUAAACGCUAAGCUUCAUCGAACAAUAAAGACGAGUGAAGAUAGCAUUGCAGACCUAACAAAGAGCAGGACAGCCUUGUUAGAUCAGCUAGCUGUGUUGAAAGCUUCAGAAAAACAUUUUAAAAAUAGAGCAGAGGCAACAAAUAUGAACGUGGAAGCCCGAGAAAAGCAGCUUUUAGACGAAAACCUGCAUUUGGAGGAGACUGUUCAGAAGGCACUUGUCCAGAAGCAGGAAUUGGAUGCUCAAUUGAAGAAGCUAGAAAAUGAGAUUAGAGACCUUGUUGAGGUUCAGUCAUUGUUGAAGAAGGACUUGGCAAGAGCUCAGCAGGAGUUUGACUCUCUUACCAUCAAAGCUUCAGUGUUUGAAAAGAACCUCACAGUGUCCCAAAGAAUUCAAGCAGAGUUACUUGAAAAACUCCAAGAAACUGAGACAAAACUCAGAGACCAGACCGUUAAAUGUGAGCUUCUGCAGGCUCGAGCAGUGGAACUGGAGAGAAGGCCCGAAGAGCUGCAUGAUGAAAAGGGAGCUGCAGAGAGUAAUGAGAAAAUGCUGAAGCUUCAUGUUGACCAUCAGAGUUCCUCGGCAGAAAACAAAGAGGGCCCAGUUAGGCUGGUGAUAGCUGAGGCUCAACUGGAGCUCAACUUAAGGGAGGUGCAUCGACUUCGUGAAGAGGUGGUGGAACUGAGGGCUCAGCUUUUCUCGGGAACUGCGGAGAGAAUGAAACUUCAGGCCCUGCAGGAGGUGACAGAGGCUUCCAGAGAGGACCUCCGUGUUUUAGCCGAACAACUCAAGGCCCAGGUGGAGGAUCUCAACCGCCGGCAUGUGGAUGAGAUUCUUCAUUCAAGGGAGCGAGAGGAGGCUCUUAUCCAUGAGCGAGACGUUGAGGCUCAGGCUCGAGUUGGCCUGGCUGCGGAGGUGACUGCCUCCAGGGAAGAGCUUAAUAAACUGAAGCUGCGAUAUGAAUCCUUGUGCCUGGAAAGCAGUGAAUCCAGGGAGGCGCUCCAUAGAGCCAACACAGAAACAGCUGAGCUUGGUGUCCAUGUCUGUAUGCUAACUGCUGAGAAUGAAGAGGCCCGUCUGCGCUGGGUGGGCCUGUCGACAAGGAUGCAAGAGCUGGAGGACGAGGCCACUCUGGAAGCUGAAAGGCUGAAUAGCUGCAAUGCAGAGUUGCGGCAAGCGAACCAGCAGCUACUUCAUCAGCUCCAUAAUGAGGAGGAUGUGUUGGCAACCAAGCAGCAGUUGCAGAAGCUAAGUGAGGCCCAACAGGAGGCUGAAACUCUGCAAAAGACAAACCAGGAUGAGAUCGAGGCACUCCACUUCCAGCUGAGCAGCCAAGCAACAAACUAUGACAGCCAGCUCCAGGGUGUAACACAAAAGUUACAGACAUUGAAAUUACACCUGGUGACUGAGCAGGAAAAAGUGAUUGAUCUGGAGAACAAUCUCAAAGAGCUCAAGGCUGAGAAUCAGAGAUGCUGCCAACAGAUUGAGGAGAAAAACCACCAGAUGGCCGAGUAUGAAAAUCUCAUCCAGCAGAAAGAAGGCGAGAUAAUCCAUCUGAAAGAAAAUUUAUCAAGGUCUGAGGAGGGUCUACAAGCAGCUCAGGAGACCUGUCAGGAGAUGAGUGAAAAUCUAAGGAGAGUCACACAGGACAAACAGAGCUUUGAUCUCAAGACGGCUGCUGAACUCGAUGACCUCUACCGCACCAAAAUCAAUUUGGAGGAGAGACUUGUGGAACUCAUCAGGGAGAAAGACGCGCUUUGGCAAAAGACAGACGCCUUGGAAUUUGAGCAGAAACUGCGUGACGAGGAGACGGAGAGAGACGUGAACUACUGUUUGGGCUGUCACAGUCAGUUCAGCUGGUGGCUCCGCAAGUACAACUGCAGGCUGUGUGGGCGUCCCUUCUGCUACUACUGCUGCAGCAACACGGUGAGCACCCAACAGGGCGGCAACAGAGAGCGAUGCUGUGCGGACUGUUACAACCAGCACAGUGCAGUAGUGGAGCGCCACCCACAGGAGGAAGUGGCUCACAGCACGCCACUGACACCUUUCAGCCGUUUGUUGCAGGCCGGGAGAGCUGUGACCAGUGUGUCUGGAGAAAACGAAGAUGACAAACGGGAUGAUGGUGUUUUUGACAUCAUCACUGAUGAAGAAGUGAGUGUCGUCAGUGACUCCCUCUCGUUUGCCACUGCCUGCUCUCCCGAACAUGGGCAGCAGGGGGCGGCACAACUAAGCAGCAGUGCCAGUGCAGGUGACAUCACAUCCGAGGACACUGAGGACCUCAGUGCUGCAGUACAGGACGCAGAGAUUUGCUUGCUAAAGUCGGGAGAACUUACUCUUUCUGUCCCCUUCACAAUCGACGACAUCUCUGAGUUUGGGGACGGCGCCCAAGAGCUUUUCAUCAAGUCCAGCUGUUACAGCACCAUCCCCAUCACCAUGAGCAUCCCCGGGCCCACUGUCACCUGGACUUUCACCUCGGAACCUAAGAGCAUCUCUUUCAGUGUGGUCUACAGGGAGAGCACAGAGACGCCGCUGGAGCAAGCUAAGGUUUUAAUCCCACUCACUCGCUGUAACUCCCACAAAGAGACAAUCCAGGGGGAACUAAAGGUCAGAAACCCCGGAGAAUACACACUCAUCUUUGACAACUCCUUCUCCAGGUUCAUCUCAAAGAAUGUGCUGUAUCACCUGAGUCUGGCCAAGCCCGUGGUCUACGAUGGCACUGACCUCCCCUGACUGUGACAUGAGGAGCUCAUAGAAGCUGUGGAGUUCACUUUCAUGACGCCUGUCAUUCAGAGCGCUUAAACUCACAAGCAGUAGUUCCAGGUACCUGGGUCGGCGUCUAGUGACUCACUCAAACAGUUCCACAAUUUACACUAGAUGUGAGACUGAAUGUGAGCAUGUGCUCCAUCAUAUAAGCUUAAUGUUGUCAUUUAAUUGUAGAAUUAUUUAUUAGAUUUGCAUGAACUCACAUUUUAACAGGUUUUGUGAACUUGUAGCAAAGGUUUGCUGCUUCCUGGAAAUCGUUAAGCUGCUGUUCUCUUCAACUUUAGGUCAAAUUGUUCAGUAGGUGAAGUUUCACUUUAUUUGCAGCCAUCACAUGAAGAAUACUGUUGUUAAAAUUUGAAAGGGAACAGGUGAAAUGGUUAAAUAACCUCUAUUAUAAUCAGAAUCACAAUACUUUAUUAAUCAAACAACAUAUUUAUCAGUUUAUGUAUUACUUGCAGAAAGAGAUUCUAAACGUGAAUGAAGCGUGAAUACAUUUUUUGAUUAAUUAAUUCCUAUAAGAAGCAGACAGAAGAAUCUUUUUUGUGACUUAUCCUGAGUAUUAAACAUAUCAAAUCAAAGUGUGUUAUCACAGUGAUGCAAAAAUAAUACAUUUCAGUAGUGACAUAAGACAGUUAUCAGUGAACCCACACAAAAUAAUAAAAGGAGAGUUUAACAGCAUGGUGUAAAUGAUAUAACAAAACACUGCAAACAGAGUUGACUUAAGUUUGUUUUAGUCUCAAAAACAGGUGUAUUUAGAAUGAGUUUAACCGAUUUAGUUUUUCUUUUAUCAAUGCGUAUUUGUAUUUAUAAAAGAGUAUUUGUAUCCAAAAUGGCCACAAUAAUCUGAUUUUAAAGUUCACACUUAAUAUAGCUUGUCCUUUUUUCACCUGAAAAUCUAGGGAAUUUGUUUUUGCUGUGUAAUCCUGAUAGAGCGUCACUGGAAGAAGCAGGGAUUCUGACUCUAAAGCUGCAGCUGCAGCACAUCAUUCAGCUUUAACUGCCUUCACUCAGCAGACUUCACUUUCUGAUGACUGCAGAUGCAGAAGAGUGUAAACACUAAGAAUGUGCUCGUACUACACCCUUCCAAAACAACUAUGACACAUGCACCCUGUAUCAUAGUGUGUAAUAAUAAGCAUGGAAUUAAAGACAAAUUCAUUAACGUUAUGUUUUUAUUCGUGUACAAUCACCUGCACAGUCACAUGAUGGUGUAGAUUUUAUCACCCCAGAAUGAGCCUUGGUUCUCCGCCACACUUGAGGUAAGGGGAUAUUCAACAUUUACCAAGAAAUGUUGCAAAAUUUUACACAAUGUACCUUUUUAAGCAUUUAGUUUUUACUUUGUGUGCAUAGUACGAGUCAUCACUCGUGUUUUCAUAUUUUUGACACCGGAGUGAUGUUUCUGCAUUUGCUUAGCAGGGAUACUGUUGCCUAUUUUGUAUUUAUAGACGGCUUUUAUAGAUGGAAGGAGUUUGAGGUUUACUACCGUUACUGUUUACUGUUGCUGUGUCUUCAAAUUACACAAAGCCGAAAAAAUCAGUUUUGUACUUGAAGUUGUCCGGCGUGGACUCAUGUGAAGUAGAAAAUGAAAAUAUCUCUAUUUUGAGUGUCUUACAGCUAAACCUUUGAUCAUACUGACUGACCUCUAAAGUGUCUUCCAACAUUUUAUAACGUUUCGUUUUGAAUAUAUUCUGACAUGAGGAGGAGGAAUCUCACUUUUUAUACAUCUUCAUAACAAAGUAAGAAGAGUGAUACAUUGCCAAAUACUACAUAUAUUGGGGGGAAUGUAUUCGUCUUUUUUUUCUGUAUUGCUCUGAAAAGGGAGUUUCUGUUUCGAUGACAUUGCAACACGACAGCAAUAUUAUGCACUUUUGAAAGGGCUUUCGUCAGUCUGCUUCCCAUGAGCCUUUGUGCCAUUUGAUGAAUGGUUUUCAUUUUCCAUUGUAUCUAGUGAGUGUGUGUUUGUGUGUGUGUGUGUGUGUGUGUGUGUGUGUGAUUGUAGUCGAGUUUUACAGCUGGAUUGACCAGAGAGACUUAACCUGUAAUUGAUUGUUGACAAUGUUUUAUUGAAAUGUAAUUUAUGUACUAAAGAUUUAUAAUGGAGCCUAUUGAUGAUUACGAGCAAAUAAAAGAGGAUAAAGUGAUAA